AUGUCAUCCAAAGAUGAUAACAACUAUUUAAAUAAAAAUACUUCAUCAGUGAUAAGAAAAGUACAUUCAGAUGUAUUUUCAAAUAUUCAUGAGCAAACUCAUUCAUUAACACCAUCACCAUCUGUUGGAAAAUUAUCAGAAAAAACACCAUCGUUCAAUUUCUUGUUAUGUGUUCGUAACAAUAACAGACGACGAUAUGAUUCUAAUACAACUGACACAUCAUCAUUAGAAGCUGUUGUUCGUCAAACGACAUCAUGGAGAUGGAUAAUUGUUUUAGGAUCAUUUGGCUGCCAUUUUAUUGCUGAUGGUCUGUUGUUUUCAUUCGGUGUUCUUAUGCAUACAAUAAAAACAGAUUUGCAGUUACAGUUACACACCAUUGGCAUCAUUGCCUCUUUACUCACUGCAUUACCAUUACUUUUAGCACCUGUUAGUUCUGCACUUGUAAAUAAAUUUGGAUGCCGCAAAAUGACAAUGUUGGGUGGAUUAAUAUCAUCGAUUGGCUUGUUUACAGCAUCAAUGAUGGGAACAUUUUUUGGCGUCCUAUUUGGAAUUGGAAUACUAUGUGGAAUUGGUCUAAGUUUUGUUUAUGUUCCUGCUGUAGUUAUCGUUGCACAUUAUUUUGAUGAAAAUAGAGCUUUAGCAACUGGACUCGCCGUUGGACUUGGUAAUGCUAUUAUGGCACAAUUGAUACAUGUAAUCAAUGAUUAUUACAGUGAUUGGCGACAAACAACAUUACUUUUAUCUGCUAUUUUAUUAUUUAUUAUUCCGUUUGGUGCAUUAUUUCGUCCUGUUGAAUUUCAUUUACUUCGAAAAGAGAAAGAUCGUUACUUAUUAAAAGACAGUCGUUUACCAUCUUUUAUGACUUCCGUGGAAAAAUUACAUCGUUUCAUACGGGAAAUGGAUAAGGCAUCAGCCAUUCACCAACAUACAACUAGUACAACAUCAGCUGAUGUCGAUGAACAACUACAUAUGCAACAGUAUGAAAAUAUAUCAUUAAGUGGUUCUGAUUUUUUCGAGUCUUAUUCGGCAGAUGAUAUUACAGAAAUGCAACAAGUAGGUGAUACGAAAACGGUUGAUAUUAACACAUUUCGGAAAAAUAUAAUGAAAGAUAGAUCAUUUGUCAACAAACGAUAUCAAAAAGCAAUGAAAAAACAAUUGAAUAAAUACAAGAAACAAGAGAAAAGUGCCCAAAACUCGAUAUCACCACCAGUACCACCUAAUUCAUCAUCAUCAUACAAUUGGUUGUUACGCGUUCUCAAGAAAAAGGGAUCAACCGAGAAUUGUUCUACUGUUGAAAUUCCUAAAACUGGUGAUCAAACUCUUGUACAAAAUAACCAAAUUGCUUUUAGCGAUCAUAAACCAAACCAACAAACGUUUUUGACUGUAGAUAACGAAAAAACUGUCAAUAUGUUAGAAGAAAACCCUUUAAUCAACCACAAUGACCAUCCAGCACCGUUAGCUAAAGUCGAUAAUAAAACAACUAAGCAAAUACCCGGAAAACGACAAAUCACUGCUUAUUUCCAACGGAGAGAUACCAAAAAGGCAGUAAAAGCUAUCAAAAGUGGUGCCUAUAGUUCUGUAAAACAACAACACGAUGUUCGCCAACAAUUAUUACAAGUUUACUAUCAGCCAAUCAAUCAAAAGGAUAUAUUUUAUAGAGGCAAUGUACCAACAAAAGAAAAAGUCGCAUUAAUAAAAAGUUGUCCAGAUUUGACAAAUGCUUUCAUCUAUGAUGAAUCUACCUCGCCAGAAUUUCCAUCUUUCUCAUCGAGUGAUAACGAAGAUAAGGAUACCAACCAUCGGCAUCGUUUAUUUUUCUAUCAAAAAAGUCUGUCAUUUCUUAAAACACUUAAACGUAUGCUUGGUUUACAUGUGUUUCGUGAUUAUCGUUACAUCGUAUUUUUUAUAUCGCAAUUAUUUUUCUAUUUAUUUUAUGAUUUAGUUUAUAUUUUUCCGGUAGACUAUGGUGAGACAACGAUUGGAUAUUCAAAAACCCAAAUGACAUGGCUUGUGUCCAUAUUAGGAUUAGGUCAAUUUUUUGGCCAAUUAUUAUGCGGUUUUUUGGCAAAUUUUUCCUGCCUUCAUUCAUUGAUAUUAUACAAUAUUGGUACUAUUCUAUGCGGAAUAGCCACGUGUUUAGUACCGGUAGUUAUUUAUUCAUAUGUGUCGCUGCUAUUUGUUAUUCUUCUGUUUGGUCUAUCUAUAAGCGCAAAUUAUGCUCUAACCAGCAUUAUACUAGCGGAAAUGUGUGGCUUAGAAAUGUUGACAUCAGCCUACGGUUUGGUAUUAUUAAUUCAAGGCUGUAGUUCGUUGGUGGGUCCAAUUGUUGGUGGAUAUAUUGCGGAACACAAAGGUUAUACAAUAUCAUUUUACAUCGCCGGUUUUUUUAUGUUUUUAUCCGGAACAGUUACUUUUAUUAUUCCGGGUAUUUCAUGGUUUCGUCGACGUUUAAAACCAGCUACACCAUUAAAAAAAUAG